UUUCCACGUGUACGAUGAGAGGGAACGAGAAGGAAGGGGAAAGUUGGGGGUGUAAGAAACAAGAGUUCACUUUGGAUGAUGUGGAACUUACACAAGUGCCUCCGAAUGCUUAGAAACAAUACAAAAUUUAUCUAAUUAACAUUAUCAUUGUAUAGAUUAAAAUUCACAUAAAUAAUAAAUCGUAUAUUUGUUUUGUUUACAUAAAAACUUUAUUUACCGACUGUACAAUUUCUUGUGUAUAUGUAGUUUAUGUUUAAACAAGUGUUUUUCUCAGUAGAUUGUUUUGUUGUCUUUCUUUCUUUUUCUUUUUUUUUUUUAAAUCAAAAACAUUUCAUUUUAUAAAUAUGAAACGAUUAAUAUUAAUAAACAUUUUAUUUGUAAUUGUGAUUGCCGACGCUGUUCCAAGACCUGACGAUGAGACAAAACAAAGGAUUAUCGAUAAGGAUCUCAGCGAACAAGAGCAUUUUAUAAAUUCAGAACACAAUCCAGCUUAUGAUCACGAUGCAUUUCUUGGCGAAGAGGCAAAGACAUUUGAUAAAUUAAGUCCCGAGGAAAGUACAAGACGAUUGGGAAUAAUUGUUGAUAAAAUUGAUAAAGAUAAAGAUGGCUUUGUCAAUCAAGAGGAGCUUAAAGAUUGGAUUCAAUUUACCCAAAAGCGUUAUAUUUUCGAUGAUAUUGAUCGUCAAUGGAAAUCACAUAAUCCCGAGGGAAAAGAGACAAUAACAUGGACCAAAUAUAAGGAUGCAAUUUAUGGAUUUUUAGAUGAAAAUGAUUCGACAAAUGAGGAUGCGGAUAGUGAAAAUCAUUCCUAUAUUGUUAUGUUGAAACGCGAUCGUAGAAGAUGGAGUGCAGCCGAUCAGGAUGGAGACGAUGCACUCUCACGUGAGGAAUUUGCCGCUUUUCUUCAUCCCGAGGAAUAUGUUCACAUGAGGGAUAUUGUCGUUGAGGAAACAAUGCACGAUAUUGAUAAAGAUAAUGAUGGCAAAAUUUCUCUCUCUGAAUAUAUUGGCGAUAUGUACCAAAAGGGAGAAGAGGAAGAACCUGAAUGGGUGAAAAAUGAAAAAGAACAUUUCACUGCCUAUCGUGAUAAAAAUGGCAACGGAUUCCUAGAUUUUGAAGAAGUGAAACAUUGGAUAAUACCUGAGGAUUUUGAUCAUGCCGAAGCUGAAGCGCGUCAUUUAAUUUAUGAAGCUGACGCUGAUAGCGAUAAAAAAUUAACGAAAGAUGAAAUAAUAGCAAAAUACGAUGUCUUUGUUGGAUCGCAAGCAACUGAUUUUGGUGAAGCUUUAGGAAGACAUGAUGAAUUUUAGAUUUUACAAUAAUUUCUAAAAAAAUUUAAUGAUCUGAAAAAAAAUAGAAAUAUUUUUAACUUAAAACUUUUAAAGAAAUAUUUCUCUAAAUCUAGGAAUUUUUUUCUUUAUCUCGUGCAAUUAUUUUAUACCAUAAUUAUUAUUAUUAUAAUUAUUAUCAUUAAUUACUAUUAUAUGUAUGGAUCAAAUCAUAUUUCAUUUUUAAGACAAAUAUUGUAUGAUUUUUUGAAUCAACAAUCUCGUCUCUAACGUUCCAUGUGCCACUAAUAUAUGUAAAAAAAAAAAAAAUAUCUUUUAAUAAACGUUGCUUAUUUUAAUAAAUAA